AUGCCGGGAGAUGCGGCCCACCUCCACACCACCUUCGGGGACUUGACAAAAGCCUUCAAUACGUUGAGUCGCGGGAGACUGUGGAAAAUCAUGCAGCGAUUCGGCUGUCUCGAACAAUUCACACGCAUGGUAGGUCAGCUCCACGAUAGGAUGAUGACACGCGUCACGGACAAGGGCGCAACCCCCGAGGCAUCCGCAGCGACCAAUGGAGUGAAGCAGGACUGCGUCCUCGCGCCUACCCUCUUCAGUCUCCCAUUCUCUGCCGUGCUGGUGGACGCCUACCAUGAUGAGCGUCCCGGGAUACGCAUUGCCUACAGAACUGACGGGCACCUUCUCAACAGCAGGCUCAUGCAGGACGCCGCUGUCGACGACCACGGUCCACGACCUGCUCUUCGCGACGGCUGCCUGCUCAACACCACAACCGAAGUGGAUAUUCAACAGAGCGUGGACCUCCUCGCCGCAGGGUGCGCCAACUUCGGCCUGACUAUCUGGUUAUGCGCCAACCGUCACCCAACAUGCAACACUGCACUCCUCCUCGAAUCGCUGUCCACGGCCACCAACUCAAAGCCGCUGACAGUAUUGCUUAUCUCUGAGGCACGUUUUGCAACAGUACCAGGAUCGAUGAUGGGGAUGAGCACCGGAUAUUUAAGGCCAAACGAGCCUUCGGCCAAUUGCAGAACUCUGUGUGGAAUGGUCAAGGCCUCCAACUGGACAUUGAAUCGAAGUACAAGGCCGUCGUCCUGACGACACUUCUCUGCGGACCGUCAACUCCAACCAGGCCAAGAAACUCAACCAUUUCCAUCCCAGUUGCCUUCGCAGAAUAAUAAAACUAAGAUGGCUAAACAGGAUCCCGGACACGGAAGUCCUAGAACGGACCGACAUCCUUAGCAGUCACGCCAUGUUGAGGCAAGUGCAGCUACGUUGAAGUGGCCAUCUCGUGAGGAUGGAAGACACAAAACUACCGAAACACCUCUUUUAUGUCGGUGUCGCCAUCGGUGCUCACCAACCGGGAGGACUAAAACGACACUACAAGGACAUGUCGAAGGUGGUGUGGUUGACAAGACAAAAAUUCCCAAUCAAAAGUCAGGGAAGAUGGGUUGAGUUGGACAACCUUUACUGCUUUGGAAGUGCGUACACAAAGGCACUGUGGGCAGUCGCCGCGAGCGCGCUCUCCAGGCAAGUUGUUGCUUUGUGUCCGCCUCCGAGGUGCUGUGACCCAGCGCGUGUGUGUGCCUUUCGUUAUCUCCGCGUCCGCCAGCCAAUCAGAGAGGGGACAGCGUUGAUUGGCCUCGAGCACUUGCGAGGCUAGUUACAAGCUUCGUGCGUCCCAGCAGCGUAUGGACAAGGAGUUUGGGGCAGACAAGAAGGCAGCGUGGCAAAGGCAGAGGGCAAACCGAAGCGAACUGCCACAGACACUGAAGAAUUCUCUGGGAGGACCUCGUCCACAACAGACCGGUGCUGCCAUCUACGAAGCAAAUCGGGUCGCAACCGCCAAAGCUAAACGGGAGGCUUGCAAACCAUAAGUGCAUCGCCUACUCAGUGCCAACCAUGCGCCGCUUUCAACAUGGCCGGGCUGCAAACAUGCAUUCCGCGCACGAAUCUGUCUCGUUGGACCCAAGGCGCCAUCAAUCAGCCAACGUCUGCCUCUUCUCCCACUCUCUCCCCUGCCGCAAACCCCGUGCCGACCGCCAACCUCGUCACCGCCCCACCACCACCAUUCGUCCUGACCCGACCGCAGCGGCCAGCAUCCCUACUACCACCACGUUGCUACGCUCUCCCCCACAGAUAGGACGAAGUUCGACGUCCCAUCAACUUCAAACAAAACCAAAAUCCCCAUUUUCAGCAAAGAAGAUUCGGUUCACACCGGUCCUCGUUGCAAUCGCACGUUCACCUCACACACCACCCUGGUCGGUUACUUGCGAAUCCAUCGCACGGAGACUGGAGAACCAGUGUCUGUAGUGCCAACUGCGCUCACUGUAUCCGCACAUGCGAACACAUGCGCAUUCACGAAAAACCUGCCGUAGACAACCGCCGGCUAUACCGCACCAUCACACUUUCCCCCCACCAGCGCCCGCAACUCCCAACACCAUCACCCAUGACAAGCACCCAACUGCUAUCUCCCACGCAAGUGGGAGCUGUGCUGCUCGGCUCCCUCUCCUUGCAACUCCUCUGCUGCGUGCGUGAUCCGAGUCUGAGACUAUCACGGUACGCUUAAAAGGCUGCUGACUGACGCCCAGCUCAGUCCACGCAGUCUACUCAGUCUGGUGUGGCAGUAUGGAGUGGCGGACUGGUGGGUUGAGGGCCAAACCGUCACGGCUCCGUCUUAACUGGUCUGUGACACUCUCACGCAUGUGAAAAGUGCGUGUGUGUGUGCUUUAUGUGUAGUGCAUCUCACUCAACGACUGCUUGGUUUCCCAACCUUGAAGGGUGAAGACCCGGACAAAUCCAGGGCCACGUGUCACCCGUCUGCGCCUGAAGGACUUUAAGCGUCCAUUAUGCCAGCAUAAGCAAACCAUGGCCCUCACAGCCUGGUAUUCCCUGGCGGUGCCCUGACACCUGGUUUCCUGUCUGUAGAUGAGCAUGGCUGCCCAGUCAUCCCUCUCCUUUUGACCCGUUGGGGUGUUGUUGUGCAGACCAGGGAGUGUGGAGUGGAGCGCCAAGGUGCGGCCUCGACCGUGCCAGCCGCCUACGCCCUCGCCCGCCUCCGAUCUUCUUGACUCUAUCUGGACACCGGGCCCAGGUGGAGGAGGCGAAGGAGGAUAGAGUGCGGUAGAUGCUGCGCAUGUCUACACUCAUUAUAAACUAAUUCACGCGCGGGUCACCGUGCCUGCUUGAUUUUGCUGUGGACCACACGGUGGACAUCGUCAGUCACGACCUACGCCCCAGCUCAGUCCACGCAGUCUACUCAGUCUUGUGUGUCAGUAUGGGGUGGCGGACUGGUGGGCUGAGGGCCAAGCCGUCACGGCUCCGUCUUAAGUGGUCUGUGACACUUCCGUGCAUGUGAAAAGUGUGUGUGUGUUUUAUGGGUAGUGCCUCUCAGUCGACGACUGUUUGGUUUCCUAAUAUUGAAGACCCAGACAAAUGCAGGGCCACAUGCCACUCUUCUAGGUCAAAAGGUUUGAAAGCAUGCUCUAUGCUAGUAUCAGCAAACGAUGGCCAUCGCAGCCUGGUAUGCGCUGGUGGUUUCUCUGACACCUGGUUCCCUGUCGGUAGAUGCGCUUGCGCUCCCGCUGGGCAUGAAUGUCGUGAGCAUGGCUGCCCAGUCAUCCUCUUCCUUCUGACCCGUCGUGUUUUUAUUGGUUAAAAUCCUGGUCAUUUGCUGUGUGGACCAGGGGGCGCGGAGUGGAGCGUCAAGGUGCGGACUCGACUGUGCCAUCCAACUAGGCCCUCCGCCGCCUCCGGUCUUCCUGACUCUAUCUUGACACCGCGCUCAGGUGGAGGAGGAGGAGGAGGAAAAGGAGGAUCGAGUGCGAUAGAUGCUGCGCAUGUCUACACUCAUUAUGAACUAAUUCACGCGCGGGUCACCGUGCCUGCCUCACUUUGCUAUGGACCACACGGUGGACAUCGUCAGUCACGACGGUCGAACUGUCACGUGUGGCGCUGAUGACCAUGACGGCGGGGUGCCGCAAAAUCAUCAGUUUUCGUUCUCUUUAGGUCUACAGUGUCUUCCAGUAUCUUGCCUGGCACAAAUAUUUGGCAUCAUUGACCUCCUGGCAGACCGCUGGCUAUCUUCUAUCACACAGGAGCAUUCUCUUUUCUGGUAUCUUUCGCCAGCAUGUGGUCAUUUCUGGAGCUCCUCAACAACUCUUCUGGCCCUUCCUGACCCCAGUUCAUUGUCGGCACGAUGCGGUACAUUACAUCCACAUCAACACACCUCCACUUCUGUUUAUCGGCCCAGUCGUCUCGUUACGGUCGAGGCCCAGUUCGAGAACAUGUUGAACAUUCAAGAAUCGCGUCUGCGAGGGUCCUCAGGAGCCGUCAGAGGUGACGGGCGUCCCUGCGGCAAUUACGGGUUUUUGAACCAUGCCGCCCAGUCCAGAUUAGUGCUUUUGUCCUUAUCUACAGGGCUUUGUUAUUGCAUCAUUCGAAAAAACCAACUAUUGCAGGGAUAACCUGUUUCGGGCACUCGAAUAAAUCUCACCACAACCGGUUGAUAUUCUGAGGACAUUUCAAAGGUUUCUGAACAGAGGACAACACGGGCUUCCCCUUCAACACGCACAAAUUGAUAGAUUUUUGGUUACCAGUAGCAGGCGAAAACGACUAGGAAAUCCCUGAACUAAAGUUUAAGCAGGGUAAUGUCGUUAUCAGUCCUCGAAAGUGCCCUUUGGGGUCAUCCGGUCGACUAUUAGGUGUCCAUCUCACCCCUCGAAUUUGUCGGUUGGUCAAAAGCUGUGUCGACACUAUCCUGUUGCUCAAAUGCCCUCUCCCUGUUCCCAGAGAUUCACUUGAAGUCUCAGCAUGUGUUGCAACUGCUUCUGACGGUGGUCUGCUCUGGAUUGCCAGUAUGUCGAUCCAUGCUGCUCCGACAACCUUCAGCGUCAUGGCUAAUACCUCCAAUGUUGUCCUUGGUGCCGUGUUCUAA